UCUCAGCUGUCCCAGUUUAUUUCCGCGGAGGAGAUGGAAGAGAUCAAGAAAAUGGCCGCGGCUGUGGCUGCAGCUUCCGGUUACCACAGCGCGCAGUCCAGCAGCAGCAGCCUCACACGCAAGGCCUCCUGCCCGGUAAUUUCCGACUCCGCAUCAACCUGCGACUCUCCAGCAUCCAUAGCUUCACCCCUUUUGACGAGGGACUCACCCCAGCAGGUUCAGCCAUCCGGUACUGAUGCCGAGGACUCCCAGCCACCCCUCUCGAAUGAUACGGAGGGUGAGCAUAAGGAAGAGGACGGGGCAAAGGGAGCCGACACAGAACCAGCCUCCUCUCCGAAGAGCCUUUUUGUUGGUCGGUAA